AUGAGGUGUGUGACUGUGGUGCGAGCUGAAAGCCAAGCGUCGCGCCGCGGCUUGCGCCCGCGACGGCGAUUGUUUACGGCGCGCACGCGCGGCGCGGCGCGUGUGUCCCCCUCCCCCGCCCCCCGCCGGCCUCCCGCCAGUCCCCGCCACCCCCCGGCACCCCCCGGCGGCAGCUGCUCCGCACAGGUGGCGCGUGUGGGAACUCGACGGCUCCGAGCGUUCCCACGAUCGCGCGCCCUCCGCUCCCUAUAUAAGCCCCCGCUCGACCGUCAGAACACAUUCCGCGUUCAACGCUCAGCGCUAACGCACGCACUCACAACUCACACACCAAUGUCUACCAUGUCUUACGAUCUCGCGUACCCGAUCACGGACGACGGCCCGCAGCCCGUCUCGCGCACUUAUCAAUAUCGCAAAGUGAUGAAGCCGAUGCUCGAGCGCAAAAGGCGCGCUCGCAUCAACCGCUGCCUCGAUGAGCUCAAGGAGCUCAUGGUCAGCGCUCUCCAAUCGGAAGGUGAAAACGUCGCCAAACUGGAAAAAGCCGAUAUUUUGGAAUUGACUGUGAACCAUCUCCAUAAACUCCGCCGUCAACGUCGCCUGUCCCUCAACUCGACAGUGGACACAGACCGCUUCAGAGCCGGAUUCACUCAUGCCGCUAAUGAAGUGUCCCGUUGCCUGGCUUCCAUCCCCGGAGUGGACGUGAGGCUGGGGACUCAGCUAAUGACUCACCUCGGACACAAGCUGAACGACAUCCAGCGCGCCGCCAACACGGACACCCCCCCAGCCAGCCCGCCGAGCCCCGCUCUGUCGACAGCCUCCUCAUCAUCAGGCUACGUGUCCCCCUCGCCGCCGGCGUCCCCCCUCCCCCUGCACACGGCCGUCCCCCUGGACUGCACCACCAACUGUUCCAAGGCCCCCGUGUGGCGUCCGUGGUGA